CCCGAGGACUCGGCGACUGUGAGACGUAGGGAGAUGAUUUGGGGCCGCGGGACCUCGCCUUGCCCGCACUCCGUCGCGCGCCCCUAGGUCCCUGAGACUGAUCGUGCGCGCGAAAGGCGCACAGAGGGCGCAUACCAGGGGCAGAGAAGGGACCCGGAUCGCGAUCCCCCGCGGGGCCGGAGACCCUGAGACCCGCAGAGCCGGAGGCGGAGGCGCCCUAACCGGGGGCGGGGCCGGGGCGGGGCCCGAGCGGCUGCAGAGUCCACAGACAAAGAGCCCGUGCCCCGCGCACCGCUCCCGGCCUCGCGUCCCUCCCACGCGGGGGCCCGGGCUUUGUGUCCGCGCUCUGCGGCGGACUCCGCCCUCCCAGCGCGCCUUUGUCCCCUGCAACCUCGGCCUACAGCGCCUGCGACACCAUGAUUGCUAUGAAGGAGAAGAAUAAAACGCCGAAGGACAGCAUGACGCUCUUGCCUUGCUUUUAUUUCGUAGAGCUGCCGAUCGUGGCUUCCUCCAUUGUGUCCUUAUACUUCCUGGAGCUGACUGACCUGUUCAAGCCGGCCAAGGUGGGCUUCCAGUGCUAUGACCGCUCGCUGUCCAUGCCCUACGUGGAGACUAAUGAGGAGCUGAUUCCACUGCUCAUGUUGCUGAGUCUGGCCUUCGCAGCACCCGCAGCAUCUAUCAUGGUUGGCGAAGGCAUGGUCUACUGCCUGCAGUCCCGGCUGUGGGGCCGUGGCCCAGGGGGCACCGAGGGCAGCAUCAACGCGGGUGGCUGCAAUUUCAACUCCUUUCUCAGGCGGACAGUGCGCUUUGUAGGUGUGCACGUGUUUGGCCUGUGUGCCACGGCUCUGGUGACCGAUGUCAUCCAGCUGGCCACCGGCUACCACACGCCUUUCUUCCUAACCGUCUGCAAACCCAAUUACACUCUGCUGGGCACUUCCUGUGAGGCGAACCCUUACAUCACACAGGACAUCUGCUCUGGUCACGAUACCCAUGCCAUCCUGUCGGCACGGAAAACCUUCCCGUCUCAGCACGCCACUCUGUCGGCCUUUGCUGCUGUCUACGUGUCGAUGUACUUCAAUUCAGUCAUCUCAGACACCACCAAGCUGCUGAAGCCCAUCCUUGUGUUCGCCUUCGCCAUCGCGGCCGGCGUCUGUGGCCUCACCCAGAUCACCCAGUACCGCAGCCACCCUGUGGAUGUCUAUGCUGGCUUUCUUAUUGGUGCCGGCAUCGCUGCCUACCUGGCCUGCCACGCAGUGGGCAACUUCCAGGCACCACCUGCAGAGAAGGUGCCUCUGCCAGCUCCUGCCAAGGAUGCCCUGCGAGCGCUGACACAGCGGGGUCAUGAGUCCAUGUAUCAGCAGAAUAAGUCUGUCAGCACAGACGAGCUGGGCCCUCCGGGGAGGCUAGAGGGUGUGCCACGGCCUGUGGCUCGAGAGAAGACAUCUCUUGGCAGCCUGAAGCGGGCCAGUGUGGAUGUGGACCUGCUGGCCCCACGCAGCCCCAUGGGCAAGGAGGGCAUGGUCACCUUCAGCAACACACUGCCCCGUGUCAGCACGCCUUCACUGGAUGACCCUGCGCGGCGCCACAUGACCAUCCACGUGCCCCUUGAUGCCUCCCGUUCCAAGCAGCUCAUCAGUGAGUGGAAGCAGAAAUCCCUGGAGGGCCGUGGCCUGGGACUACCCGAUGAGGGUAGCCCUGUGCAUCUGCGGGCCCCAGCGGAGCCCAUGGCAGAGGAAGAAGAGGAGGACGAAGAGGAGGAGGAAGAGGAGGAGGAGGAGGAGGAGGAGGAAGGGCCCGUGCCACCUUCACUCUACCCCACUGUCCAGGCUCGGCCAGGGCUUGGGCCCAGAGUCAUUCUUCCUCCAAGGCCAGGGCCCCAACCCCUUGUGCACAUCCCUGAAGAAGGAGUGCAGGCUGGAGCUGGCCUGUCACCCAAGAGCAGCUCAUCAGUGCGGGCUAAAUGGCUGUCAAUGGCCGAGAAGGGCGGAGCCCCAGUGGCUGUGGCUCCAUCACAGCCACGAGUGGUCAACCCACCUAGGCUUCUGCAGGUCAUUGCCAUGUCCAAGGCAGCAGGGGGCCCCAAGGCUGAGACAGCCUCAUCCUCCAGCGCCAGCUCCGACUCUUCCCAAUAUCGCUCCCCAUCAGACCGUGACUCAGCCAGCAUUGUUACAAUCGAUGCACAUGCACCCCACCACCCCGUGGUGCACCUGUCUGCUGGCAGCACACCCUGGGAAUGGAAGGCCAAAGUAGUGGAGGGCGAUGGCUCCUACGAGCUGGGAGACCUAGCACGUGGCUUUCGGAGCAGCUGCAAACAGCCCGGCAUGGGCUCCGGGUCUCCAGUUAGUGAUAUGGACCAGGAGGAGGCCCGAUUUGGGGCUGUUGCCACAGUUAACCUCGCCACUGGGGAGGGUCUGCCCCCCCCAGGCUCAACUGAUGGCGCCCUAGGUGCAAGCAGCCGUGAAUCCACCAUGAGGCGCCAGGUGGGCGGGCUGGGGGACCGGGAAAUGGAAGCCGAAGCAGAAAGUUACUAUAGGAGGAUGCAGGCCCGCAGGUACCAGGAUUAAACCUGGCAAACCUGGUUGGGGGGGGUAAAACUAUGUGGAACACCAAUAAAGGCAGACAGUGACACUA